AUGGCGGAUUCCCUCACUGAAGAGCAGGUCUCUGAGUUUAAGGAGGCUUUCUCCCUCUUUGACAAAGACGGUGAUGGUCAAAUCACGACCAAGGAGCUCGGCACCGUCAUGCGUUCGCUCGGCCAGAACCCUUCCGAGUCAGAACUGCAGGACAUGAUCAACGAAGUUGACGCCGACAACAACGGUACCAUCGACUUUCCAGAGUUUCUUACUAUGAUGGCGAGAAAGAUGAAGGAUACCGACUCUGAGGAAGAGAUUCGCGAGGCGUUCAAGGUUUUCGACCGUGACAACAAUGGCUUCAUCUCAGCUGCUGAGCUGCGUCACGUCAUGACCUCGAUUGGCGAGAAGCUCACUGACGACGAGGUCGAUGAGAUGAUCCGCGAGGCCGAUCAGGAUGGUGAUGGACGUAUUGAUUACAACGAGUUUGUGCAGCUCAUGAUGCAGAAGUAA